CUCUUGUGUACCUAAGGAAGCAAAAGCUCAAAUUAAACCAUGCUUCUCUACUAGACAGUUCUUUUGUGUGCUUGGGACAGGGGGUUGGGGAGGAUACAGAGGCUUAGCCCUAAAGCUCAGUUCUUGCGUAGUUUUGGGCAUGCUUUUGAAAUCUACUUAUGCAGAAGGAAUGCUGCUCAUAACCUUAUGCCGCCUCUUCUGUUUACACAGGUGACACGGAUUGUAUUACUAUGGGUAAAUAAUCAUUUUAAUGAUUUUGAAGGUGACCCUGCUAUGACUCGAUUUCUAGAGGAAUUUGAAAAAAAUCUGGAAGAUACAAAGAUGAAUGGUCAUCUCCGGUUACUGAAUAUCGCCUGUGCUGCAAAGGCUAAGUGGAGACAGGUUGUGCUGCAAAAGGCUUCUCGAGAGUCCCCUCUACAUUUCAGUCUUAAUGGAGGAAGUGACAAGGGCUUUGGUAUAUUUGUUGAAGGAGUAGAACCUGGUAGCAAAGCUGCUGAUGCAGGACUGAAACGUGGUGAUCAGAUAAUGGAAGUAAAUGGACAAAAUUUUGAGAAUAUUACAUUUGUGAAGGCCCUUGAAAUUUUGAGGAAUAAUACACAUCUUGCAGUUACUGUGAAGACCAAUAUUUUUGUGUUCAAAGAAUUACUUAGUAGAACUGAACAAGAGAAGUCUGGUGUUCCUCAUAUUCCCAAAAUUGCUGAAAAAAAAAGUAAUCGCCAUUCAAUCCAAGAUGUACCAGGAGACAUUGAACAGACAUCACAGGAUAAAGGAAAUAAGAAAAUUAAAGCAAAUACCGUUUCAGGUGGAAGAAACAAAAUCAGGAAAAUUUUGGAUAAAACACGAUUUAGUAUCCUGCCUCCAAAACUGUUCAGUGAUGGAGGCCUCAGCCAAUCACAAGAUGAUAGCAUUGUGGGAACAAGGCAUUGUCGACACAGCCUGGCUAUAAUGCCUAUUCCUGGAACACUCUCAUCCAGCAGCCCUGAUCUCCUACAGCCUACCACCAGCAUGUUGGAUUUUUCCAAUCCUUCAGGUAAUGUGAAGCCAAGUCUGUGCCCAGUGCACAAGUAGAUGGUUAAGCCUUGUGCAACAAAUACUAGAUUUGCUUGCAGCCCUCUUCUCUCACCUUUAGAUUAUGACUUCAUGCAAAAAAGUUAAUAUGCAUACUAUGUCCUUUAAACUUGAGUGACACUUCCUCCAAUAUUAAGUAAAUGUGCAUUAAAAAAAGACUACCUUUGGCUACAGAUUUAAGUAUCUUUUGUAAUCAAAUCUGAGCAGUAGAAUGAAAGCAGAGAUGCUUCUCAGCCAACAAAUAUGUUAUCUGGUGUGUGCGAAAGAAUAAGGCAAAUUAUUUUAAUUUAAGUGGG